CAUCUCAACCACAUUUCCAUCGCAGUUCGCCUGUGAUCUUCCUCUUCGUUAUAUGAGCGGGGAUUAGGGUUUGGGGAGGGCGGAGGAGAUGGGGAGGGGGCGAGUUCAGCUGAAACGGAUCGAGAACAAGAUAAAUAGGCAGGUAACGUUCUCGAAGAGGCGGUCGGGGUUGCUCAAGAAGGCGCACGAGAUCUCUAUCCUUUGCGACGCCGAGGUGGCGCUUAUCAUCUUCUCCACGAAGGGAAAGCUCUAUGAGUACUCCACUGAUUCCUGCAUGGAUAGGAUUCUUGAACAUUAUGAGCGGUACUGCUAUGCUGAAAAAGCACUCCAGAAUACAGAACCUGAGUCACAGGGAGACAUUUGUCAGGAAUACGGAAAGCUUAAGAAUAAGAUUGAAGCCUUGCAGAAAAGCCGAAGCCAUCUCAUGGGUGAGAAGCUGGAAACUCUAAGUUUGAAAGAGCUUCAACACUUGGAGCAGCAACUUGAAACAGCUUUGAAGCAUAUAAGAUCCCAAAGGACUCAGCUACUCCUUAAUUCCAUAGCAGAGCUUCAGAGAAAGGAGAAAUCUCUGCUGGAACAUAACAGUCUUUUGGAGAAGAAGGUACGCUCUUGUGAUACCAAUGAAAUAACUCUUAAGCGUGAAAUAAAGGGUCACUAUUGUGAUAUUGCCACGCAGAUCACUGAGAAUGAAUCAACCACAGCAAUGACACAGGAUACAAAGCGGAAACAACAAAGACAGGAACAAGAAAGCUCCUCGCCACCUCCCUUCAUAAACGAUAUUCCGACCUUGAAUUUAGGGACAUACCCGGUGAGCCAUGGCGAGGAGGUUGCAGAGCCUCCUCUUACUCGGGUGAAUAGCAACAGCCUGCCGCCAUGGAUGCUUCGUUCUAUAACCCUGGAAGACAAUGAGAGUUAUGCUGCAUGAUGUGCCCGUUCCCAGGCGCCCGGCACUGUAGAUUUCUUGAAUGCGAGCUAAUCAAAUCCGGCUACUAAACAGCCCCUUUGUUUCAAAAAUGAUCGUAAGAAAGCUAAACUAUUCUCUCUUUAUUUUGAGCGUUUAUGUCUGCUUUUUUCUGAUAUUUUUCUUAAAUCACAUUUCAGUCCCUCAUGCAUACAUUAAAUUUUCAUUGUAAUGCAUAACUGUGGUAUGUGGGCUAAUUGUAGGCUUUGAAGUACCAAGAACAAUAUAUAUUGCGACUAUUAAUAUGUAAAUAAAUUAUAAUUAUUGUGCAUUUAUAACUGUACAAUUUUAUGGGUUGCCUCUUCUAUGUAGUGCUUUCACAUGGAGAAACUAUUAGACAUGAAA